CCUGGCUCACUGGCUGCUCUUGUUUAUCAUCUCUAUCGCUCUCUGCCUGCUCUCUCUCUCUCUCUCUCUCUCUCUCUCUCUAUCUUUCCUCCCUUGCUCUCUUUCUAAAACCCACCUUUGUUUCUUUUAGGCUUUUAGAGCUUUUGCUUCUUCCUUUUUCUCACUCUCUCACACUCCCAUCUCAGGCCUUAUCCCAAUUCCCAUGGAACCACUCUCCUCAUCAUCCUUUCCCGUGACUCCUCUCCCCCCCACCAUUUCACCCUCAAAAUCCCCAUGAUUUCUUCCCACUCUGAACCUCCUCCUCCUCCACCACCACUUCUUCUCCUCCUCCUCCUCCUACUCCUCAACCACCAUGCGCUCCGCUCAUCCCCAAAACGGCGGCGAAACCCCCUACCAAAUCCCCACCCACCCUAACUUCCAGUCCACCGUCUCCCUCCGCAAGCUCCGCCGCUUCAACUACCUCAUCCUCAUCUUCCGCGUCGCCACCUUCAGCUCCUCCCUCGCCUCGUUCGUCUUCAUGCUCACCACCUCCCGCGACUCCGACCCCUCCUCCCCUCGCUGGUACCACUUCGACGCCUUCAGAUUAGUGGUGGGAGCGAAUGCGAUAGUGGCGAUAUACUCGCUCUUCGAAAUGGUGGCGUCGGUUUGGGAGAUUUCCAGAGGCUCAACUCUGUUCAGCGAGGUGUUGCAGGUCUGGUUCGACUUCAGCCACGACCAGGUGUUCGCGUACCUGCUGCUGUCUGCGGACUCGGCGGGAACGGCGCUGGCGAGGGUUUUGAAAGGGAUGGACACGUGUACGGCGUGGAGCGCGUUCUGCAUAGAGACGGACAUAUCGAUCGCCUUGGGGUUUGUCGGGUUUUUGUUCCUGGGCUUUUCGUCCGUGCUCUCGGGCUUUCGGGUCGCCUGCUUCGUAAUCAAGGGUUCUCGUUUUCAUCUUUAGAGAGAGAGAGAGGGGGGGGAAUAUUUGGGUGAGUCAGGGUGUUGGGAGGUUUACUGUGUUGCCAUACUCUGAUUUUUCAGAAGGAAUUGACUGAUGCGACGUGGAUUAGGCGUGGGAGCCCAGUGGUGGGUGUGGUAGCUUUUUCUUUUUUUUCCAUCGAGUAUUUUGUGCAAGUGACGAGAGGCUGAUGGUGGUGAUGAGGAGGAGGAGCGGCAUGAGCUGUGUGUAUAUACUACAUAGGAAGGAGAGUCGUGUAUUCUUCAUGCAUUUACGAACUCAAUUUUAUGGGCCUUCACCCGUUUCUGGAGAAGUACUUGUCAAAGUGUUUUUUUCGAUAAAUAUUUCUAAAUGAGAUUUUGAAGGCGCUUGAUAUUUUGAUUCAAACGCCAAGCAAAAACAAAA